AUGGGCCAGGUUUUCAAGUUUGGGCAAUGGCCCAUCCCGGCAGGGGAGGUAUUUCUCACCACAAAGCUGUCUCUAGGAAUCGUCAACUACAAGCCCAUUGUUCCCGGACACGUUCUAGUCUUACCUCGACGGGUUGUGCCCCGAUUCUCUGAGCUCACAUCGGAUGAAGUCAAGGACAUGUUCCUCACAGCUCAAAAGGUUGGGGCUGUUGUGGAGAAGGAGUAUAAGGGUGAAGCUUUGAUGAUUACACUACAGGAUGGAGCGAUGGCCGGCCAAACGGUACCGCACGUCCAUGUCCACAUUAUCACUCGAGUGAAGGGUGAUUGGACCAAUAACGAUGAAAUCUACCCGGAAAUUGAUAAGAAGGAGAGAGAAAUGAACGCAGAACUCAGUAAAGGAGAAAAGGACAAGAAGGGAGUGGAUAAUGACGAAAGGAAGCCAAGGACGCUGGAAGAGAUGACGGUGGAAGCGACAGGACUUCGGCCUCACUUCGAGCAGUUUGAGGAUGUGUGGAGUGCUUGA